CCCAAUCCUCCCGGCCCCGCAACCAACGAGUGCAGCGGCCAGAGCGGCGCUUGUAUAGCUCCUCCAGCCGCGCGCUUCCGUUCUCGCCUCGGUGGCUGCGCUGUUGCCGUGGAGACGGAAGAUGGCGGCCGCAGGUCCUGGCCACAGGGAGAGGCGACACUGAGCCCCUCAACUCCAGACCAUGAGCUGGCUCGGCCACUGGGGAUGCCAGGGCUGAGGGCUCCAACGCCCAGGCAAGGAAGAUGCUCCAGACCAGCAACUACAGCCUGGUGCUGUUCCUGCAGUUCCUCCUGCUUUUCUAUGACCUCUUUGUCAACUCCUUCUCAGAGCUGCUCCGCACGGCCCCCGCUGUCCAGCUUGUUCUUUUCAUCAUCCAGGACAUUGCUAUUCUCUUCAACGUCAUCAUCAUCUUCCUCAUGUUCUUCAACACCUUCAUCUUCCAGGCCGGGCUGGUCAACCUCCUCUUCCACAAGUUCAAGGGGACCAUUCUGCUGUCUGCAGCCUACCUGGCGCUUAGCAUCUCCUUCCACAUCUGGGUUAUGAACCUGCGGUGGCGGGACUCCAGCCGCUUCGUGUGGACCGAAGGCCUGCAGACCCUUUUUGUUUUCCAGCGGCUGGCGGCCGUGCUCUACUGUUACUUCUACAAGAGGACAGCGGUGCACCUGGGCGAUCCCCUCUUCUACCAGGACUCACUCUGGCUGCGCAAGGAGUUUGCACAGUUCCACAGCUGAUGGCUCCCCUCGGGCUCUGGACGACCCACCGGCUCUCCCUCGGCUCCCUGGCAGCCCCCGCCGUCUCCCUGCACCUCUCGGCCCCCCUGGAGACGGCUCUGGCUCCAGCUCUGGCUCCAGCUCUGCCACCUUCCUCCCGGGAUCCAGCCAUUCUGCCAGCACUGCCACAGCUCCUGUGGGUGCUGGGGGUCGGCAGGAGGCUGGCGGCGCAUCCCAGCUGUGCAGCAGGAAGGUCUGUCCUGGCGCCACAGCCCCCAUUGGGACUCGAGCGUUUUUGUAAACGGUAAAGAAAUAAAUCGGAGAUGUUUUCCAGUA